UAGCUUGCUGUACUGAAAACAUCGAAUAUUAUGUCCGGGUAGACAUUUGUCACAGUAAUGUCAUUAACAAAACGGGCAGAUAAAAUUUGAAAUCCCACGAGUGCUGGCAACGGCGAAAUUGAGUUACUUAUUGUGAGCUCAUGUGAUCGGCGUCGCUUUGCCAGGUUUUAGUCGGUGCAGAAGGGGUACUUUUCGGCUGUUCGGAGGCCUCCCUGUCUCCGUCCAUCGGAAAGACGAAUUUCGUUUCGGCCUGGUGAUCGUUUAUUUUCCAGUGUGUCAUAUCGCCUAUAUUUCCGAAGAUGGAUACAGACAAGUUUAACUAUGUCUACAGCUGUGACAUGGACAUAAAUGUACAGUUAAAAAUCGGUAGUUUGGAGGGAAAGCGAGAACAGAAGAGCUACAAGGCCCUGCUCCAGGACCCCAUGCUGCGUUUCUCCGGCUUGUACCAGGAGAGCUGUUCCGACCUGUAUGUCACGUGCCAGGUUUUUGCAGAAGGCAAGCCGCUGGCCCUACCCGUGCGCACGUCAUACAAGGCCUUUAGCACGCGCUGGAACUGGAACGAGUGGUUACGACUCCCAGUGAAGUACCCCGACCUACCACAGAGCGCACAGGUCGCCUUAACCGUUUGGGAUGUGUACGGACCGGGUCAGGCCACGCCUGUGGGCGGAACCACCGUCACCUUGUUCGGCAAAUACGGCAUGUUUCGUCAGGGAAUGCACGACCUGAAGGUGUGGCCGGGGGUGGAGGGGGAUGGGGGAGAGCCCACCACUACGCCAGGCCGAACCAGCAGCAGCCUGGCAGAGGACCAGAUGGGCAGACUGGCCAAGCUGACUAAGGCACAUCGGCAGGGUCACAUGGUGAAGGUUGACUGGCUGGACCGUCUGACCUUCCGCGAGAUCGAGAUGAUCAACGAGAGUGAGAAGCGUAGCUCCAACUUCAUGUACCUAAUGGUGGAGUUUCCCCGAGUCAAAACGGGAGACAAGGAGUACAGCAUCGUCUACUACGAGAAGGAUGGAGAUGAGUCCUCUCCCCUGCUCACUAGCUGUGAAAUCGUCAAAGUGCCUGACCCACAGAUGUGCAUGGAGAACUUGGUGGAGAGUAAGCAUCACAAGCUGGCCCGUAGCCUGCGCAGCGGGCCCUCUGACCACGACCUCAAACCCAACGCAACUACGCGAGACCAGCUCAAUAUCAUCGUGAGUUAUCCACCUACCAAGCAGCUCAGCUCAGAGGAGCAGGACCUGGUGUGGAAGUUCCGUUACUACCUGACAACACAGGAGAAGGCCCUGACUAAGUUUCUGAAGUGUGUGAACUGGGCGAUGCCUCAGGAGGCCAAACAGGCGCUGGAGCUGCUGGGGAAGUGGAGGCCGAUGGAUGUGGAGGAUUCCCUGGAGCUGCUGUCCUCCCAGUUCACCAACCCCACCGUCCGGCGGUACGCCGUGGCCAGGCUGCAGCAGGCCGACGACGAGGACCUGCUGAUGUACCUGCUGCAGCUGGUCCAGGCUCUGAAGUACGAGAACUUCAACGACAUCCAGGGAGGGCUGGAGCCCGGGAGCAAGAGGGACAGCCAAGGAGGCCUGGGGGAAAGCACUGUUCUGGGGGAUAUAGAGAGCUCUCAGUCACUGGCAGGUCCAGUAGCGCCACCCAGUGCUCCAAAAGGAAAAGACGCCACAGACAACGACAGCCUGGAGCAGGACCUGUGCACCUUCCUCAUCUCACGUGCCUGCAAGAACUCCACACUGGCCAACUACCUGUACUGGUAUGUGAUAGUGGAAUGUGAAGACCAGGACACUCAGCAGAGAGACCCAAAGACUCAUGACAUGUACCUGAACGUGAUGAGGAGGUUCAGCCAGGCUCUGCUCAAGGGUGAUAAGAGUGUGAGGGUCAUGCGCUCUCUCCUUGCUGCUCAGCAGACGUUUGUAGACAGGCUGGUGCAGCUGAUGAAGGCUGUGCAGAGAGAGAGUGGGAACCGCAAGAAGAAGACGGAGCGGCUGCAGGCGCUGCUGGCCGACAAUGAGAAGGUGAACCUGUCGGAGAUCGAGCCCAUCCCCCUGCCCCUGGAGCCCCAGGUCCGCAUCCGCGGCAUCGUCCCAGACACCGCCACACUCUUCAAGAGUGCUCUCAUGCCUGCCAAACUGAUCUUCAAAGCAGAAGAUGGAGGACUGUAUCCCGUCAUAUUCAAGCAUGGAGACGACCUGAGACAGGACCAGCUCAUUCUGCAGAUCAUCUCACUCAUGGACAAGCUUCUGAGAAAGGAGAACCUGGACCUGAAGCUGACUCCAUAUAAAGUUCUGGCCACCAGCACCAAGCACGGGUUCAUGCAGUUUAUCCAGUCAGUUCCUGUAGCUGAGGUUCUAGCCACAGAGGGAAAUAUCCAGAGCUUCUUCAGGAAACACGCCCCCAGUGACAAGGGGCCCUAUGGCAUCAGCUCUGAGGUGAUGGACACCUAUGUCAAGAGUUGUGCUGGAUACUGUGUCAUUACCUACAUUCUGGGAGUGGGGGACCGGCACCUGGACAACCUGCUGCUCACAAAGACCGGAAAGCUGUUCCAUGUUGACUUUGGGUACAUUCUGGGGCGGGACCCCAAGCCCCUUCCGCCCCCUAUGAAGCUGAGUAAGGAGAUGGUGGAGGGCAUGGGGGGCAUGCAGAGUGAACAGUACCAGGAGUUCCGCAAGCAGUGCUACACCGCCUUCUUGCACCUGCGCAGGUACGCCAACCUCAUCCUGAACCUCUUCUCUCUCAUGGUGGAUGCCAAUAUUCCAGACAUUGCUCUAGAGCCUGACAAGACUGUAAAAAAGGUGCAGGACAAGUUCCGGCUGGAUCUGUCGGACGAGGAGGCGGUACACUACAUGCAGAGUCUGAUUGAUGAGAGCGUUGGGGCAUUGUUUGCUGCUGUGGUGGAGCAAAUACAUAAAUUUGCUCAGUACUGGCGCAGAUGAGGAGGCCAUGUUGGAAAAUGGUGGACUGAAGUGACGGACCGAGGGCUGUAGCCGACUGACAGAAACCCCUCCCCCCUUUUCUCCAAACUCUGAGGGUAGAGGGGAGGGGGGGGCAUGAGGAAGGAGCCACAGAGCUGGACUCACGAGUCACGAUACCGUUCACCUGCUGCCAAAGGUGGAGGUCGCAACUGCAAGCGUGGCAGACGCUCUCAAAGGACUCCAGCGCAAGGCUUUUCACCUUUCAGUGUAUUUAUACCUGCUUUUGCCCAGAACAUGAGACUGACACCCCCACUGUACCCAUCAUGGCCAAAUAAAGAGGAGGCUGAAAACGUG